UGCUUUCUCAUUUUGCCUUGUGGAAGAAGAAAACCCCUAUAAAAGCAAAACACUGCGAGAGAGAGAGAGAGACUGUUCUCGUGUGAAUUGCAAUACAGAGUUAAACGACGACGUAGAGGAGAAACGAUGUUCCGGAACCAGUAUGACACGGACGUUACGACAUGGAGCCCGGCGGGGAGGCUGUUCCAGGUGGAAUACGCGAUGGAGGCGGUGAAGCAAGGGUCGGCGGCGAUCGGGCUCCGAUCCAAGACACACGUGGUGCUGGCCUGCGUUAACAAGGCCAACUCCGAGCUCUCCUCCCACCAGAAGAAGAUUUUCAAGGUCGACGACCACAUCGGCGUCGCCAUCGCUGGCCUCACCGCCGAUGGCCGCGUCCUCUCUCGCUAUAUGCGCUCCGAGUGCAUCAACCACAGCUUCACCUACGAGUCCCCGCUCCCCGUCGGUCGCCUCGUCGUCCAGCUCGCCGACAAGGCUCAGGUUUGCACGCAACGCUCAUGGAAACGGCCCUUUGGUGUUGGCCUGCUGGUAGGUGGCUUAGAUGAAUCUGGAGCUCACCUAUAUUACAACUGCCCAAGUGGUAACUAUUUUGAGUACCAGGCCUUUGCCAUUGGAUCCCGUUCACAAGCUGCAAAGACAUAUUUGGAACGCAGGUUUGAGAACUUUGUGGACUCGUCGUGGGAUGAUCUGAUCAAAGAUGCACUUAUUGCAACAAGGGAAACUUUGCAGGGAGAGAAGCUCAGGAGUUCCAUAUGUACAGUUGCGGUAAUGGGAGUUGGAGAGCCAUUCCAUAUAUUAGAUCAGGAAACUGUACAACAAUUGAUAGAUAAAUUUGAGCUUGUGGUAGAGGAUGAGGGUCCUGCUGCUGAACCUGAUGCUGCUGCUGCUGAAGAGGGUGCUGAAGAGGGUGAUGCAGCAGAACAGGGUGGUGAUGCUGACCAGGGUGCUGCACCUGACCAAGGUGUAGCUCCAAUGGAGAUUUGAGGAUGGAAGAACCAGCCAUUGUCUCCCCAUCCCUUGUCUUCAGAUAAGGUUUUUCUGGCGUGUCUAUUUGAAGAAAUGGCUUACCAAUAUGGAUGGCACCAUGGAAGAUCUCAUUUUCUUCUCAAACUUUUUUAUUUAUUUUUUUCUUAUCUUUGCCUCAUUGAUGCAAACAUUUUAAUGCUAGACCCUGGUGAACUUAGAUUUACACUCUUUACGUUUAUACUCGAGAUACAGUAUGAACUUAGUGGUGGUAUCCAACCUGGUUAUGGCUACUGUUUUGUAUUGUGGUAAUACUCACCUUUCUGCACGUUCAGCACGUGCAAGGAGGCUUUCUUCUAUUUAUCCCCCUUUUUCUCUC